AUGCUCUUCCGCUCAGCAGCACCUGCAGCAAAGCCUUCGGCAUCGGCCGACAUCGGCGCGCCCGACGCAGGCGGAUGUGCCCGGAGUUCUGACCGGUCUUUGCUCCACUCUAGGCACGAGCUUCCGGCACCCAAACGUGGGAGUCAUGCUUUGAAUCCCUUUCCCAUCCUACCCAUCUAUGCUUCUGCGGCAGCUGCGUCGGCAUCAUCCGUCUCCUGCAUUGAAGCCGCGAUGAAGCAUUCUCGACCAGGCUCGCGAGGCAGCGAGGCGCCCUCGUCGGCUGCACCCAACACUCCCGAAGCGCAUGCUCACAAUCCCGACUCGCCCUCCGACGAUGCGCGGCUCUACUCGCGCGGCACCGGAAAACGCAAUCGCGUCCACUUCUCCUGUACCGAAUGCUAUCGUCGAAAGCAAAAGUGCAAUCGCGAGACGCCAUGCCAGCACUGCAUCGCUCGCAAGAUCCCAGAGCGCUGCAAGACCUUCCAGCCGGGCGAGGAUGCCAACGAUGUCGCAACAAGGCUCAAUCGCGUCGAGAGAAUGCUCGAAGACCAUCUUCCCAAGCUCGCUGAGCAGGUCCACCAUCUCGUCUCCCUCCUCGGAUCAAGCACAACGUCGCGCCCACAGCCCCACGACCCUCACCCCCGCAUCCCUUCCGCCAGCAGAUCCACCUGGCACGAAGGCGCUCUCGCCAGAUCACCCGAGCGCACAUACGCCCGAGCUAGCGACCAGGGCGACGAUGACAUCGACGAACUCGAGACGGGGCGAUACAGUCCCAAAACCGGCUUCUACAGCGGUGGCUCCAUGGACAUGCGCAUCAGCUCCAUCCUCGACGACCUGCCCGGCAGCUCGUCCAAGUCCGCACCGCUCAAUCCGCCCGUUCGCACGCUCGAGGGUCCCUCGGAGAUCGACGUCGUCAUGCCCGAAUACGGAUGUCCAACUGCACCCACUCCCGAUCUUCUUGGCGCUUUCAGCACACGUGCACACUGCAGCGUGCUUAUCGACCAUUUCUUCAACGACAUCAACUGGAUGCGCCAGCCCUUCCCACAAAAGAGCUUGCGCAAGUCCUUCGAGGCCUUCUGGGACUCGGGCCCAAAGAUCAACGCGCAGAACAUCAACAUCUUUGCGCUAUUGUGCAACAUUUGCGCCAUCGCCAUGCUCUCCGUGCAACAUCGUCUCUUUCCAGAGGGCCCGCGCGAUCGCCUCAAGGCCGCACGGCGCUACCACUACGCCGGCCGCAGAGCGCUGCUUAUGAGCACCAUCAUGGGUCGCGAAGACGUCGAUCAAAUCGUCGCCUGGCUCGUUUCGUGUCGCUUCCUCCUCCUUGAUCGUCGCAUUGGCGAGGCCUACACUUUGGGCUCUUCUGCUGUCCGCGCCGCCUUCAGCAUCGGUCUUCACCGUGACGGCACCAAGCUCGGCCUGUCUCCCGCCGAGACCGAGGCGCGCAGACGCGUCUGGGCCGCUGUUUACUUCCUCGACCGAGCCAUGGCUCUCAAUACGGGUCGUCCGGCCGUCAUCGACGAUCGCGUGUGCGACACUCAAGUUCCCAGCGAAGUCAUGGAUGAGGACAUCUUUCCCGCUCCCAAACAUCCACCAAAAAUGCCUCCCGGCGUCGAUCCUCCGACCGCCUACAGCUACACCGUCUUCCGUCAGCGCAUCGCAGAGCUCGAAGGCCGCAUCCUCGCCACUUUUCAGAAUCUUCAGCAUCCGGUCCACAUCAGCGACGUUCUGGCUCUCGAUAAAAGCAUGCGCGAACUCCAAGACGGACUGCCCUUCUAUUUCCGUGCAAAGCUCACAAAGGAUGGUGUAGAGGGCGACAAAUCGCUCGACUCGGUCUACGGCUUUCUCAACGUGCAUCGCUUCCUCCUGCACACCGAGAUCAACUCGGUCCGAAUCGCGCUGCAUCGCCCCUACCUGCUCCGCUCUGGAGGUCCCAAUGGCGCCAAGUUCUUGCCUUGCCGUGAGGCCAGCCUUGACGCAGCUGUUCACGACCUCGAGAUGCGUCGCGACUUUGUGCAGAACCUCAAGACGCUGACGCCUGCCGGCGAAGAGCCUCUGCUGUAUCGCGUUCAGAUCGGAACGUAUAAAUGGUUCCAUUCGCUUCUGGUCGUCGGCAUCGUGCUCCUCAUGGACCCGAACGCACGCGAUGCGCCCAAGCUCAAGUCGCACCUCGAGGAGUAUGUCAACACCUACAAGAGCCGGCCGGCGAGCCAGCGCGACGAGAUGCGCGAUCGCGAGGCCAACGUGAUCGGCAUCUUCCUUUCGCGCAUUGAACAGGUGGAAAAGAUGGCAGCUGAAGCCAAGGGCAACGCAUCAGGCUCACGCGCUGCGCCGCGCGCUCCAAAGAGGGGCCGAUCCACCGAUGCCGGCCCCAACAGCGAUGCACGCGACCGACUGAACAAGUCGCGAAAGCGCGGCAAAGACGCUGGCGACGAGCUUUCCGACGAAAAGUCGGAUGCGCAUCUGCUGCUCAGCCUCGAUGCGAGCAGAUCAGGUCUCAACGGGGCUGGAAGGAGGGAGGUGGGCAAUGAAGCUGAUGCUGCAUCCAAGUCGUAUCUGGAUAGACUAGCACGUGGCGCUGUCCCGUCGACAAGUGACGCGCCACAAGAUGCAGGCUCGACUGCUUCGCGACAGGGAUCGGGCGAUUGGUCAUUCGGCGGACCGCGCGGGCUAUCUGGCACGGUAGACCCUAGCUCGUCCGCAAGCAGCUCCAACAGCCCUUCAACUUCAUCGCUCCCAGCUGUGAUGGCGAGUGGGCAUGGAGUCAACGAUCCCAAGGCGAAUGCCUCUUCGUCUUCGACGCCCACCUGGGCACCUGCUCCCAACGGUGGCGGUGAGGAUGCGCAACAGUUCUUUGACGCGUGGUACCAAGCGGAGUGGGCAGCAGCCACCAUGCCAUCGUACGAUGCCGCCUACAAUGGUGCCAACGGACUUGGCGGAGGCGCUGCAGGGGUCAGUCUCGGGCUGGAUUCGCUCGCGGGCUUUAGCGGUGUGUUUGGCUCGACGUCCAAUGGAGGCGGCGCAUCAAGUGGGCCUGUGAGCCAAGGGCUCGGUGGAGGCUUCAAUGGACUCAUCGGGCCUUCGAUCGGCGCACCCGGGGCUGCAGCCCCCGGGCCUGGCGCGAAUGGCUCCAAGGCGUUGGCAGGCGCCGGCACUGGCGCGGGGCUGACGACCGGAGGCGGAAUGAGCGAAUGGAUGUCGCAAGCGGGCGGGCUACCUCCAAGUUAUGCGGCGACGACGACGAGCGCAGCGACAUCGGAUCGGCUCGCAGAUCUCCUUUCAAGAAGUCAGCCGGCGAGCAACACGGAUGGCUCAUGGCAGGAGCAACGACACGGCGCCGGACAGUCUGUCUCGGGCUCCAGCGGCCUGCAGCCACCUGGCGCAGUCGCCGCCUCAGCAUUUGGCUCGUCGGCGCCGACAGGAGCUUCAGGCUCGCAGGCACAAGGCUCGCAGGCAUUGCUCACCUUUGACGGUUCGGCGCCGGGAUUGGAUGGUCACCAAGGGGCCGGCGCAGGCCAGCGAGAUUUCGACCCUGCAUUCUGGCAAACGCUCAUUGCAAACGCUCAUUGA